AUGGCUUCUCCUUCGCACUCAUUGAAGUUUUCAUAUCUUCUUGUCUUGCUUUCCACUUUCUACGUUCUUCCAAUGCAUGCCCUUAACAUCGGUAUCCAUGCAGACGGAGGCCAGCUAUCCUUGAAUAAAGAAUGCAGUAGAACAUGUGAAUCAAAGUUUUGUGGAGUGCCUCCAUUUUUAAGAUAUGGAAAGUACUGUGGAAUUCUAUACACUGGAUGUCCAGGAGAGCAGCCUUGUGACCGCUUAGAUGCUUGCUGUAUGAAGCAUGAUCUGUGUAUACAAAUUAAAGGCAAUUACUUGAACAAGCAGUGCAAUCAAGAUUUCCUAAACUGUGUAGCAAGAUUUAAGAAAUCAGGAGCUUCCACAUUCAAAGGAAACACAUGUAAAGUCGAUGAAGUUAUUCAAGUCAUUAACAAGGUCAUGCAUGCUGCCAUUGUUGCUGGAAAUAUUAUUGUUAAACCUUAA